AUGGCUCCCGAGAUUCCCAAGACCAUGAAAGCUGUCCAACUUGUAGGGUGGAAAAAGCCAUACGAGCUACAUGAGAUAGACGUUCCCCAGGUCGGCGACACAGAUCUUCUGGUCAAAUCUGCUGCAGCAGGUUUCUGUCAUACCGAUUAUCAAGUUUGGGAGGGUGUCUAUGAAUCACCGACCCCUAUUGUGCCCUCGCAUGAGCCCGUUGGCACCAUCGUUGCGGUUGGUUCAAAGGUACAAGACAAAUGGAAGGUUGGUCAGCGUGUGGGCGCAUUGCUAUUUCGGCACCAAUGCCACCAUUGCCUCAAAUGCAAGACCACAAAUGAUAUUCGAUUCUGCGAGAACAUUGACUUUGCCGGCCUGAAAGCCGACGGAGGAAUGGCAGAAUAUUUCAUUGCUGAUGGACACAAUGCUGUCUUGUUGCCAGAUGAGGUGGAUUUUGAGAAUGCUGCGCCACUGAUGUGUGCUGGGGCAACCACCUGGGCUGGCAUCGAGGCUUCAAGAGUGAAGCCAGGCGACCCGAUUGGCAUCGUUGGCAUCGGUGGACUUGGUUCUCUGGCUGUUCAAUUCGCAAAAGCGCUUGGACAUCCCGUGGUCGCAGUUGACAAUCGGCCAGAAGGCAGGGCUCUGGCACAAGAGACCCCUUUGAAAGCUGACCUCGUUGUUGACUUCAAUGACAAGGACGCAACCGAGAAGAUCAAGAAUUGGGCUGGCGAUGGCGGCUUACCAGCAAUCGUGAUCACCACGGAUAACAAUGAUGCCACCGACUGGAUGCUUUCCACGUUGAGACCUCAUGGGGUUGCGGUACCUCUUGGCUUGCCUGUACCCAAUGUUCAAUUCGACUCAUUUGCGUUAGUUUUCCAGGAGCUGCUGAUCGUAGGCUCGGUGGUGUCCACCAAAGAACAGGCCGCAGCAAUGUUGGAGACGGUGGCCAAACACGGGAUACGCUCCCACAUCACUACUAUCCCUCUUGAGAAGGUCCCGGAGGCGUUGCCAGGUGCCUAUAUGGAUCCUCAUCUCAAAGGUCGUCUCGUGGUGAAGAUCGCUUGA